AGGCCUGCAUACACACAUGCAAUUCGAUUGGUUAAACAAAAUCAGGCGGCCAGUAUUUAUUAGCGACGAUUUUGUCGCUAUAAACAAAACAUGAAUUAAACAGGUUUAAUUCACGGUUAAAAGGGAUGGUAGGCCGAAUGAUAUCAUAAUGGAUAUGCUAGGCAAAUGAUGUGUACUGUUAUAGGAAAUCAUUCAAGGUAAGGUUAACUACUAUUUUACAGCUUCGUCAUGGCUGCGUGUGAAAUACCAAGCAUUGAGAAAGGUACGGACGAGGACGAUGCAAGAAACUGUUUUGCGUGUUUGAAGAGCAAACUGAAUGCAGAAGCAGGACACUUCUGCAAGGACUGUAAACAGUUAUAUUGCACCAGCUGCGUGAGUAAACACGACGACUUUUUUCAAAGGCAUAAAAUAUCAUGGAAAUUCGACAAAGACAAAAGAAAUGUGGUGAGUGCUCCAAUAAGUGACCAUAAUUUACAGAUAUACCAGCGUACAACCAAGUCGAUAUCUGAGGUAAGCUUAGAGGCAUUCAAACAAGAGUGUGCUAGCGGCGAGAGUUUUGAGCUUGGAAAAUGUGACGUACACAAGUCACAGGAUGUGAUGUCUUUCUGUGAAGAAGAUGGUCUUCUUUGCUGCAACAUUUGCAAUUCAACAAUACACAGAGCUUGCAAAGACAUCGAAGAACUGCCUAAAGUAGCAAAGGGAGUGCAUACGACUGCAGAGUUCUCUACCCUGCCAUCCAGAUUGCAAGAGUCGUUGUCAUUUCUUGAUCGAAAAAUGUUUGAACUGUCUGAAGAGGAGAAACUCAUAGAAGACAACGCGGACGCGGUUAAGACAAAUAUACAGUAUUGCAGGGACGAAUUUGUUGGCAUAGUCGACAAACUGCAGCAGCAAUCAUUUGAAGCUGUCGAAAUAUUAAAAUGUUCCAUCACAAACGACAUUGCAUCUCGUAAGACGCAAUGCGCACAUUAUUAUAACCAGUUGAAAUCACUUUACAGUGUCGUAGAAAUUGACGCAGUCGAUGAAACAACAGCGUUUAUUGGACUUACGAAGGGCAGAGCGUUAUUAUUGCGUACACGGAUGUUAUUGAAAGAUAUAGACGGAAGAUAUCGAUGCUGUAUUGUUUUUCAGCAUGAUACAGACCUCCAUAAGAUGUUGUCGAAAAUGCAAAACUUGGGAACAGUCAAAAGCGUUGAACAUAUAUUCGCAGUAACGGAGAAAUCAACGGUUCAAAUGACAAGUAACUGUGAUAUCACAGCAAUUGUUGAGCUGCCAUGUGGAGACAUUGUUCUGGCCGAUGCUGCUAAUAGUAAUUUAAUGCUUCUCAACAAUGUAUGGGCCGAUGCUGCUAAUAGUAAUUUAAUGCUUCUCAACAAAUCCUUCCAAAAUCUGGCUGUCUGCACGCUACCAGAUAUACCGUUAGAUAUGUGCGCGAUUGGAGAUACCGAGAUUGCAGUGGUCACCACCGGGAAAGUUCAUUUCUACUUACUCCAAGAUGGAAGCCUGAGGUCAGAAAAGUCGAUCAAGGUUCACAAACACUCAUCUGGUAUGGCAUAUUUCGCCGGUCAUCUGUAUGUGGCAACAAUGUCGACCCUUAUCAAGUACUCUAUUGAUGGGAGACAGGACAAGCUGUUAUAUAAAGACACGGAAGCUGGUGGACAAGUUGCAAUUUCCCGCUGUGCAAUCAGCCGUGAAGGUCAAUUCAUCUACGUGACUGGACCCGACUGUCCAGGAUUGCUUGUACUAGACAUCUUGGGAAACAAACUCACAUACGUGAAAACCCAUGACAUGGUAUCCCCACGUGGAUUGCACGUUGCACCAGGUGGUCAGGUGUUUUUAUGCGGGAAAGAUUCCAGCAUUGUCCUGCAACUCGACAGGCAACAGAAUCGAUUGGUAAAAGUUGCAGGUGGAAACGAUGGCCUUUGGUCGCCUCAGUGUGUAGUGCUGUUAAAUGGGAAAUCGCUAAUGAUAAUUGGACAAGAAGCAACAAAUAGCAUCUUAGUCUUACGUGUUUUCUGAAGUCAACAUUUAGCGUGAAAACGAUUAAUGAAGCAUUUUAAUAAAAUAUUACAGUUUUGAAAUAUAUAUUACACGAACCUGAGUUUAGUCGAUGGCCUUUCUAAUACCUCUAUAUUUUCAUCCAAAUGACCAGCAAUAAUACGAUUUGUUUACACGUUUCGAAGUAUAGCGUGAAAUGUUUUUCUUACGCGUUAUGACAAGUUUACAGUAGAAAUGUUAGCGAUUUGGUUUAGUCCGUUUUUGCACGAGGUAAUUGUGAUAAAGUUUUUGAUGGUGUAUCGUCAUUCUACCAGACAAUCAUCGAUUUUGAUAUAAAUAAUUGUUUUGUAUGUAUGUUUUUAACAAAAGAAUAAAUGUAUGCUAUUGUUUAAACAUGCACAAAAUGUACGUUACGGACGAGAUAAAUGCUUUAAAGAAUUAAGGCUCAACAUUCAGUUUGUGAUCUGACACCUGAAAAUCGACUCAAGUUUAUAGCGUUCACCGUCACUGAUUUUUCUUGGUCGCUCAGUUCACAUUAAGAAUUUUUUAUCCACGUUUUCAAUAAAGUGUAUGUAUAUUGCUUACGAUUGUCACAUUGUUGUAUUUUCGCAUAUUUGUCGUGGCUGCACUACGCAAAUAUAAAGCAAUCGUCUGGCAUUGCAAAGGCAUGAUUGUUGAUUUGUAUACUUAAUAGGUGUUACGCAUAGACAAUUUAAGAACAAGCUCGAGCAUUCAUUAGUUUCAUGCAUAUCUGAUUGCUUCUAUGUCUUAUUGACUUCAGGUUUAUUAAAAUGCCACUUUUUGUUUGUGUGUUUAUGUAGUAUGAGGUAAGCGAAAUUUGUUUGCAACAAUAUUUUUAUCUGUAUCAGGUAAAUCUUGUAGAAUUGAAAUACAUAAUUUAAUUAGAUGUUAUUUAUCUUACAUACACGGCUUCUGCUGUGUUUUUGUGUGUACUGCAUCAAGUGUGAAUAUUAACCAAUGUUAUGCUUUGCCUAAUUAGCAUGUUUGGUAUAUAUAUAUCAAGAUGGAAAUUUGAAUAAAUCUUAUUUCUGUUUCAUUUUAUUGCUCGUAAGUUACAAUUUUGGUGCUGUGGUUUGUAUACAACCACUGCGUAUUUCAAUCAUAAAAAAUGAACAGUAUUAUCUUUUUGUUCUAUUCAUGUGGAAUCAUUCGAUACACUGACAUGCUUUGAGAAUAAUUCUAGGCCAAGUCUGAGGUUUUGAGAUCGUUAAACCGGUCCCACCAUACUUUGAAAAGAGCGUUCAAAGGCAAUAACUCAAUUUGUUUUGUUAGAUGUAAACGGACGACUUAUGACCCAGUGAUCAGAGAAAAACUGUAAAGCGCCUUUGAACGCACAUCUCGAGUAUGAAAAGGGCGCUAUAUAAAUGUGGUAUAAAAAAGUUUUCCUUUUUUGUUAUGUUGCGUGGUUAAUUGUCUCAUCAAGUUCAUCUGUUUUAUGUUUCAAUUUAUCGCAACUUAUGUUUUGUCACAAAUAAAAAUGCAUAUUAUCAUAAGGUUUCUCUCUUGUUGGUGUAUGACCAGUUUCACUUUCAAUAUAUAUAGGAUCUGGCACGAGUUGUCAUAUCAUACUAUAUUUAAGUAAACGAGUUCAGGAAUUGUGUUAGUACGCGAGCCUUUGGCGAGAUUACUAACGAAUUUCCUGGACGAGUUUAAUAAAAUAUUGUAUGAAAUGACAACGAGUGUCAGAUCUUUUUUAUCACAUGCCUUUAAAUGAGCAAAUUAAAUAAAUAUUUACGCAAACAUAAUGAUAAAUCCCUAAUGUUUUUAUAGUUCGUGACGUCAUUUCACGUUGCAAUGUCAUUUCAGCAAAAUGCGAUUGGUCAAUCGAACGAAAACUAAGCCAAUGAAAACGCUUAAAAAGUAUAUUACACAUGUGUAAGAUAGAAAUAAUCGUAUUGGUUAUAUUACAUGGGAAACAGGGUAUAGCAUGUCAUAAAAUAUGUCAACAAUACAUAUUUUCACAUGUUAUUACCCGCCCGAAAAUCACAUAACAUCAGCUGAAAAAACAUUGCACUGACAUCGAUCAAAUGAUCGUUACUGUGUUUUUUGUUGUUUUUGCAAUAUUCAAUGUUUUACAUUUAACUUUAUUGUCAAAUAGAAUACAUAUUAUAUCUUGUCUAUUAAGUUCCUUUCUAUUUUACAGUCAAAUGUAUGAAAAAAGUUGUGUUCUGUUAUUUAUUUCUACAAAAAUAUUGUGCUUAGUAUUCAUUAUUUCUACUCAAAUAUUGUGCUUGGUAAUCAUUAUUAGUACAAGAAUAGUUUGCCUGUCAUUAGCUCGACUUUUAUAUAUGAAAUAUAUAUAGUGGAGCUAUCCUACUCACCCCGGCGUUGGCGUAAGCGAGAGCGUUACCGUUAGCGUUAGCGUGAGCGUUGGAAUGUUAAAGUUUGCGUACCACCUCAAAUAUUUUAUAUUUCCCUUGAUAUAUUGCUUUCAUAUUUUCAUACUUCUUUACCAACAUGACCCCAAUCUAUAAACAAGAGCAAAUAACUGAAACAAGCAUUUUGUAAGAAUUAUGGCCCUUUUUCCACUUAGAAUGUGUAUAUUUUAAUAUUGAUAAAUCUAUGUUAAAGUUUGCGCACAACCCCAAAUAUUUUCAAUGUACCGUGACAAAUAUUAUUAUAUUUUGCAUACUUCUUCACCAACAUGACCGCAAUCUAUAAACAAGAGCAGACAACUGUAUCAAGCAUUUUGUUAGAAUUAUGGUCCUUUUAUACUUAGACAAUUGAAAAUUUUGUUAAGUUUUGUGUUUAGGUUCACUUUAUUCCUUAAGUACCAAAGCGUUUGCUUUCAUACUUGCAACACUUACUAACUAUCAUAAGGGGACUGUGUAGGCAAAGUUAUGUAACUCUGACUGACAUUUUUUCAGAUUUAUGGUCCCUUUUAUAGUUAGAUAAAUGAACAUUUGUUUAAGUUUUGGGUUUUGGUCCAUUUAACUCCUAAAGUAUCAUAUCUAUUUCUUUCAAACUUGGAAAUUUUAGCUAACUAUCGUGAGGGGACUGUACAUGGCAAAUUGCAUAACUCAGGUUGGCAUUUUAACGGAAUUAUUGCCCUUUUAUGUCUUUGUAACUUUAAAUAUUUUGUUACAUUUUGUGUUUUGAUCCACUUUACUUCUGAAGUAUCAAGGCUAUUGCUUUCAAACUUCAAAUACUUUCUAACUGUCAUGAUGGAACUGUACCUGGCAAGUUGAAUUUGACCUUGACCGCUGAAUGACCUUGACUCUCAGGGUCAAAUUAAUAAAUUUUGCUUAAAUUGCCAUAACUUCUUUAUUUAUGAUCAGAUUUGAUUCAUACUUUGACAAUACAACACUUACCUGACAUACCACAAUGGAUUCCACCCAAAACCAUCCCCCACGCUUCACCCCCAGGACCCCCCUUUUUUUGCUUUACGUUUUUUUCCCUUAUUUUUGCAAGAUCAUCUAAUAAAUUACCACACACCCACAUUAUACUCCCCACUCCACCCCCACCCCACCCCCAACCCACCAAAAAGCGCAAAAGUGUUUUUUUUAAUGGUAAAAAAACACACAAAUAUGUAUUUAUUUUAUUUUUGAAGGACCGUCAAACCAUCCCACCCAAGCUAUCGCUAUCAAACUUGAAAUAAAAUCUUAUUAGUUUGUUUUAUAUUUUUAUAAAUUUUUAAUAUAUUGUGGAAAGUAUACCUUUACUCAGAAUUGUCUAUUAAGUACAACUUCUUUAAAACAUAAGCGAUCAAUAUGUUUGAAUUAUGGUCCUCUUCCACUGAGAAUUUGACUAUAUUACCUUGACCUUAUUGAAUAUGAACAAUUUCCCCAUGAUGGCUUACGUUAUACUGUCAAGCACUCAAAUAAUCGAGCGCGCUGUCAUCUAACAGCUCUUGUUUAUUAUUUGAACUAAAUUACUGUGUCCGGUAUUUAUUAUAAGUACCGACAUACUUUUUUUGUAUUCAUUAUUUGUACUGAAAUAGUGGUAUUUGUUUAUUUAUUUUAAUGGUGAUUUUAUUCCUUUUACUGUUAUUCGUGCACAAUGUAACAACCUGAUGAAACCAGUUGUGUUGGGUGUGCAUAAGGCUUAAUUGUCCUUAUCAGGGUUUCUGGGUUAUAAAUUCAAUGUGUAUGCACGUGUGCACUUAAACGAAAAAGGGACCGGUAAUAAUACCAAGAUUACUAUCAUAAAAUGCGAUAUUCAUAAUACGGAUCUAACAGGAAAUCUUCAUCAUAUGUACAUAUUCAGUGCACGCUAAAAUGUCACAUUGUUUAUUUUAUGAUUAAGUAACUUGUUUCAAAUGUGCAUGGAACAGUAAUGAUACCGAUGUAAAUAUCAUUACACCUGAAUACAGACCUCUUUUACCCCAA